CUCGCUCGCUCAAGUUGUCAACUGACUUAAAGGCAUGACGGGGCGGCCGAGGCCGUGUGCUGACUAGUAGGUGGUGUUGUCUGUGCGCUUCUUCCAGCGGCCUCCACCCUCUCGCCGCCGCUCGGCCGGGCCUCCACCCUCUCGCCGCCGCUCGGCCAGGCAGGCUGCGUUGGGCGCCCCGCGCAUGGCGGCGCCUGUCGACGGCGUGCGGAGUAAGUCGUGAAUCCGAGUUCCUGGCUGGUUUCCGGAGUCACCGUGUGAGCCUCCGUCUGCAGCCGCACCGUCACGUCCACGAUGAGGAGACUCAACAAGAAGAAGGCUUUAAGUCUGGUCCGAGACCUGGACGCGUUCCCGAAGGUUCCCGAGAGUUAUGUAGAGACCACGGCAAGCGGCGGGACAGUGUCUUUGGUAGCCUUUGCGUUCAUGGCCGGCCUCGCCUUCCUGGAGUUCUUCGUGUACAGAGACACAUGGAUGAAGUACGAGUACGAGGUGGACACGGACUUCUCCAGUAAACUAAGACUUAAUAUUGAUAUCACAGUGGCCAUGAGAUGCCAGUUUGUAGGUGCUGAUGUCCUGGAUCUGGCUGAGACUAUGGUUGCAUCAGAUGGCUUAAUAUAUGAACCAGUCCACUUUGAGCUUUCUCCUCAGCAAAGGUUAUGGCACAUGACUCUGCUGCACAUCCAGGAGCGUCUCAGAGAGGAGCACUCUCUCCAGGACAUUUUCUUCAAGACGGCUUUAAAAGGAGCUCCCACUGCUCUUCCUCCCAGAGAAGACAGCCCUAUUGAGCCCCCUGCGGCCUGCAGGAUACACGGGCACUUGUACAUCAACAAGGUGGCAGGAAACUUCCAUAUUACUGUGGGCAAAGCCAUCCCACAUCCCAGAGGCCACGCACAUUUAGCAGCCCUUGUCAGUCAUGACACCUAUAACUUCUCCCACCGGAUUGACCACCUGUCAUUUGGAGACGAGAUCCCUGGGAUCAUCAAUCCUCUGGACGGGACAGAGAAAGUCUCUGCUGAUCAUAAUCACAUGUUUCAGUACUUCAUCACGAUAGUACCCACCAAACUCAACACCUACCAGAUCACCGCAGACACACACCAGUAUUCGGUCACUGAGCGGGAACGAGUAAUAAAUCAUGCUGCUGGCAGCCACGGGGUCUCGGGGAUCUUUAUGAAGUAUGACAUCAACUCACUAAUGGUCAGAGUCACUGAGCAGCACAUGCCUCUCUGGCAGUUUCUCGUCAGACUCUGUGGCAUUGUUGGUGGGAUUUUCUCUACUACAGGCAUGAUCCAUGGUCUGGUCGGCUCGUUAGUCGAUGUGCUGUGCUGUCAUUUCCAAGUGGGAGUUUAUAGUCUUAGGAAGGAGGGUGGUCUGGAAGAGCAGGCCAGUAAUGACGUCCUGCUCCCCACCGGAAAUCACUCUGACCGACAGGAGUCCCUACAGCUGGCCAGUUAGAAUCCAGAAACCUCUGUUGGGCAGUUCGUCGGACUUCCAGUUAGGCAGCAAUGGAACUCUGGGUAACACGAUGUUUAUAGGUUGUUUAAUUGAAACAGGAAGUUCACGCCUCAGCUGAAAUGUAUUUUUUACAUCUUUUUCAAUGUUUCAAUUUGUCAAAAUAAACCACUCAGGCAGGACCGUGCAGCCAUCUGGGAGGCAUCGAAGUCCAAACUUACAGCAAAUAAGUAGCCUGGCAACCUGUACUAGGAAUCCUCAUGAGUUAUUCUCAGGAAAGUUCACAAAACUAUUUAUGCCAACACAUAGUAGGUCCAACAUUCUCCUUUAGUAUGACGGCAUUUGAAGUUUUUCCGAGUGUGCCUAUGAUGAAUGUUUUGAUCAGCUGACUGGUUGAGUAUAAAAUCCACUUUCAACCUA